AUGUAUAAUAAGGGAAUAAAUAUUUGUCUUAAUGAAGAUAAUAAAUGUAUUAUACUUUUACAUAUAAUAUUUAAUAAAUGUAUAGUUAGCUUCGUUGCUUCACAUAUAUUAGUAGAAGGAAAAAUAUGUUUCCUAAAUCGUAUAAAAAAUAGUAAAAUAUUUAGAAGGUUUGGGAAUAUCAAUAAUCAUAGAAGAAAUAAUGUGAAAGAGUAUUAUAAAUUUGUAGGAAGAAUAAAUAAAGGCAAAGAGAAAAGAAAUAAGUGUAGAAUAAAGUUACAUAGAUUUUAUGAAUACGCUAAAUCAUAUAUUUUAAAACAAAUUAAAUGGGUAUUAAAUAAAUCAAAAUAUAUUUAUUUUAAUAUAAUAUAUCAUUUAAAAACCAUUUGUUAUUUAAAGAAUGCCUUUUUUUUACAAUAUACACAAAGAAAGUAUUUUUCACAAAAUAUUGAAAAUUAUAUUAUUAAUAGUUUACCAAAACACAUUCAAAGCUUUAAUCCUAUAAAAUGGUCUUAUUAUAAUAACAAUGAAUAUGCUAGUAACUAUAUUAUAAUAAAUAAUUUAAACUUUAUAAAAUAUAAAAAUAAAUAUGAAAAACAAUAUGAUAUAGAAAUGGAAGAGGAUAUAAACUGUAAAGGCGCAAAUGAUAUUUUUUAUAACAGUUAUAAUUAUUGUAAUAAUAAUAAUAGUAAUAGUAAAUGUGAUGAAAAAAUAGAAAAAAAUAUAGUAGACAAAAACAUAGAAAAUAAGUAUAAUAUAAAAGAAUAUGAUAAAACAAAUAAAAGUAUAUUAUUUCCUAUUGAAGAAGAAUUUAAAAAGAUUAUUCAAAUAGAAAAUAAUAUCGAAAGAAAUUAUAUGGUUCCAAACGAAUCUAACAAAAAUAUUUUAUAUAACAUAAAAAACAUUCUUGAAAAAAUUCGAAAUAUAGAAGCAAUAUCAAAUAUAAAUAAUUAUAUUGAUAUGAAAAAUACAAUCGAAAGUUAUAAAUUAAAUCCUGACAAGUGUAAAGAAAUAUUACAUAAAGAUAAAGACUUUCGUAAUAAAUCAAAAUUGUGUUUAUCUUGUUUUCAUAAUAUAAUUCAUAAAAUAAUAUAUUAUAGUAAAAUGGAGAAUAUAAGUUUUUCAGACAUGUAUAAACAGUUAUUAACUAAUUAUAAUAACACUUCUUGUGAAUAUUGCAAUCUAAUAAAUAACUCCAUAAAUAGUAAUAAUGAUUUUUUAAGUCUUUAUAAUGAUAAAAAUAUGUAUAAUUGGAAAAAUUGUGAAAAAAACAAAUUUGAAACCUUAGAAAAUGAAAUUUCAUGUUGGAAUUUUAAUUCUUCGUAUGGUAAUCAUUUUCAACACAUACAAAAAAAUAGUAAAAUAUAUAGAAGAAUUUUAAACGAAGAAAACGAAAAAGCAUUUAAUAAUAUCGUAGGAAGAAAUGAGAUGGAAAAUGAUGAAUUGUAUAAACGUAUACAUACAGAAAAUAAUUAUGCAAACCAAUUUACCGAAAAUAACGUUGAUUUCGGUGUAUAUAGUGACCUUAGGGAAUAUAAUAAUGGCAAUGAGAAAUAUAUGCUGGAUGAAAACGAAAUGGAUCAGAUCAUAGACGAGGAGGUAAAAAAACAAGAGAAAAAUCAGAAUUUAAACAAUAUGGACUUCAAUAAUGUAAAUAAGAAAUAUAACCAAUUAAAAGAUGAUAAUAUAAUUAUUUUUAACAAGAAUAAUAUGCAUAACAAUUUAUAUAGCAAUGGGCUCAAUGAUUCAAAUUUAGAGAAGAAUAAUAUUUUAUUUCCCUAUGAAAAAUACAACAAUUUAGAUAAAAACGAAAUGAACUUAACAAAAUAUUCUCAAAAUAAGCAAUUUUAUGGUCAAUAUAAAUAUGAUGAAGCAAUAUAUAAAUAUGAUUUAAUAGUACUUGAUACAUCAGGAUAUAUAUAUAAAGUAUCAACAGAUGGAACAUAUCAUUGGAAAUAUAGAAUUGUAAAAAAUAUACAAUAUUAUAUAAAUUAUGAAGAAGAAAAUAAAAUAGAAAAUUAUUAUAAUGCAUUCAAAAAAAAUAAUGGAAAAAUUAAUAUGACGCACAAAGAUAUUUUAAGAAAAAAUGAUUAUGAACAAUAUCAUAAAUUAAAAUUAAGAGCAAUGAAAAAACUCCAAUAUAAUAAUUUUAUUGAUGUAUUCAAUUCAAAUUAUAAAAAAAAUUAUCCAACAUACUUGAAUGAGCAAAUUACAGAAAAGGAUGAUAUUUAUAAGAAGAAAAAUUAUAAUUAUGAAAAAUCUAAAAAAAAAAGUAAAAAUAAAAAUGCAAUGAAAAAAUUACUUUCAGAUUAUAGUGGCGAUUUAUUUUAUGUUGAUGAAAAUAAUGAAGCAAUUCCAAUAAAUAUAAAUAUUAAAGAUGUUGUUAAUAAUUCUCCUUUUAAAUCGACACUGUUUCCAAAUAUAUUAUUUAUUGGAUCUAGACAAUCAAGCAUAGUUAAUUUAGAUUUUGAUACAGGAUACGUAAUAAAAAAAUAUGAAGAAAAUUAUGAUGAUUUGGUAAAAGAAAAACAAAAAGCAUUACCAAAUAAAUACGAAAAGUUCAUUAACAAAAAUUCUAAUGUAUUGCAUGAUAAAUUAGAAAAGUAUUUGGAUCAUUCUAUAGAUAUAAAUGAUAAAAAUUAUUAUGUUAAUGAGGAAAAGGAUGACCUUGAUAAGGAUUAUACUAUUAUAGAUGGCAAAGUUGCUGAAAAUAAUCAGCAACUUGACAACAUAGAUUUAUAUAAUAAUGAAAUUGAAACAGAAAAUAACAAUGGCAUAAAUCAUCUUCUCCUUAUUGAUGGGAAAGGACAAAUAGAAGAACAAUCACCAAAUAAUGGAAACAAAAUAAUCAAAGGUGAUGUGUCUAAUAUGACAGAUGAAUGUGGAACAGAAAACUGUUUAAGCAAACAUUCAAAAGAAGAAAUCGAAAUUGCUAACAACAAAUUUAAUAAAAACAACAAAGAUAAACUACUAAUUCAAAGAACAAAAAUAAAGAAUAAAAAACAUUUUUUAAUGGGCAAAUGGUAUAUGAAUAUUAGUAACAAUAAUUUAUUAAAUAUAAAUUCGAGCGUUUUAGGAAUAAACAAAAAGAAAAGAAAUAGCAAAAAAGGAGAAAAUAGAAAUAAAAAAAGAAAAACUCAAAAAAGGCAACUACAAAUUAGUCUUGUUAAGUGGGUUAUAAAAGCAGUUGACGAAACUUCUUUGAAACAAAAAUGGAUAACAAGUUGGGUUGAUGUUGGGUCUAUAUUUAUCACUGAUAGUCAUAAACAAGAUUUAUCAUUUAUUAAUUCACUAAUUGAUAUUGAUGGUAAUAAAUUAAUAUUGAGAACACUAGAAAAUAAUAAAGUAAACAAGCCUUAUAAUAAUACCAUUUCCAAAAAUAUAGAAGAUGCCGAAAGAAAUGAACUUGAAUUUGCAUCGGAGAAUUAUAAAAACGAUAUACCGAAUGAAAUUGAUGAACAUAAUAACAAAAUGGGAAGGAAUAUGAAUAAAUUAAAUUCGAAUAUUAAAUCUAAAAUUUUUAUUUUUUCAAAAGAAAUAUCAUCUGUUUUUGCAUUGCAAUAUAAAAGUAAAACUAAUAUAUUCACAUUAGAUACAAUAUUAAAACAGAAUGAAAAAUUGUUUCCUGAAUAUGAUAAUAUUAAACCUUAUUCAUAUAAUCUUCUUAAUUUAAAAAAUAAUAGCAAUGCGCUGCUCUUGCCGUUUUCUUCGUCUAAUGACUAUUUAAAGAAUAAUGAUAAAAAAAAUCUUCCGUGGAAUUUCAAUUAUGAUGAAAAUGGCACAAAUGCCAAUAAUAGCAUCGCUUUUCAAAACUACAAUAAUUUUAUUGUCCAACGGUUAAAUAAUAUAUCAAUUAACAUAACAUCAAUCGAAAAGGAUUUAAGAUAUUUAUUAUUAAGUAUUAUAUUUGUUUUUGAUAAGCAUAAAAAAAUUCCCAUGAAUUAUAUAUUUCAAAUGAAAACAUUAUUACAUGAAUAUCAAAAAACAAAACAAAAAUUUAUGAUAUGUUUACGAGGAUUAAAUCACAAUAAAAAUAUAAAUAUAUUUUCAAACCAUAAUGAUAUUAGAGAUACUGAUAUAAAACAUUAUGGAUAUAAUGAUUAUGAUUAUAUAAACAAAGAGAUGGAUGCGAUUGACGAACCUAUACAUAUUUGUGAAUAUACAAAUAAAUUUAUCGAUUUAUCAUUUGAAGGGAAAGAAAAAUGUAUUGAUUAUUGCUCUAUGCUUAAUAUAUGGGAUAAAAUAUUUAAUAAUUAUACAAAUCACGAUGAUUGUUUAUUAUUAUCAAAUUUAUAUAGAAUAUUGAAUAGUACAUAUCCCCUUACUAACAAAGAUUUUAAUCGAAUAAUUGAUGGAAUAUUUCUAAAGAAUAAUGAAAGCAUGUUAAUAAAAAGAAGAAGAAAACCAAAUGAAGGCUCAAGAAAUCAUGAUUUGACAGAAUUUUCAUCCCAAAAGCAUAAAAAAAGUUGGUAUUGGAAUAUUUUUUAUGCAAUCACCUUAGUGAUUGUAAUUCCAUUUAUAUUUAUUUAUAGACUAUUUAAAAAGCAAACAAAUAAUAAAAAUAAUAAUAAAAUAAUUAUGAGAAAGAAAAAAAUUACGGAUUAUGAUGAAGAUAGUAAUGAUACAUAUGAUGAUGAAUUAUUAAAUAUUGACAAAGUUUUAUUAAAAAGAAACAAACGAAAAUUGGCAAAUAUAUUAAAGGAAAAUGGUAUAUCAAGCUUAAAUAAAACAGAAUUAGAAAAAUAUAUGAAAAAAAGUUUGAAAAAGGCGCAAGAUAUAGAACAAUUAACUUUAGUAGAUAUAUUAGCUAGACAUGCAAGAGAUUCAGAUAGUGACAGUAAUUUUUAUGAUAUUCAUGAUGGAAAAUAUAAUUUAUACCCAUAUUAUUAUUCUGGUCAAGAAUCAAAAUAUAGCUUGCCAAAUAUGCAUUAUAUCGAUUUAAGCAAAUCGAAUUCAGGAGAGACUAAUAAAUAUGAUUUGAAUGGAAACAAUCUGUUUUAUAUGCAUAGAAGAAGAGCUGCUUCACAAGAUGUUACAUAUAAACAAUCAUUUAUAGUAAAGAAAAGGGUUAGAAGUAAUUAUAAAUUAGGGAACAAAUAUAAUAAACGAAAUUAUACAGACUAUGAAAAGGAUAAAAAGAAUAGUUCUAUAAAAGAAAGAAAUAUAAAUGAAAAAGCUUUUGAUAAAAGUGAUUUUAUAAACUUUUUAAAAAAUUUUAAUAAAAAGUUUAUGAAAAAAAAUCCAUUUGUAGAUCAUCUUAUGAAAAAUAAUAAAACAGAUUCAAACAACGAAUUUAAUAAUGAUAAUAAGGAAAAAUCUAAAUAUUUAUAUAAUGAAAAAUACAAUCUCAAUAGUGCAGAUGAAGAAAAUAAGAGCCCUUAUGCAAAAAAAUAUUCAGAUGAAAAAAAAAAUAGGAGUAAAUCUUCGAAAUAUAUAGAAAACACACAAAGCAAUAAUAAUGAUAAUACUAAUGGAAACAUGAACGUUGGAAAUCAUAUUAAUAAUGAUAAAAUGAAUAAUAAAGGUUCCAGUGCAAGAAAUCUAUCAAUCAUUCAAACAUCACAUAUUCCUUAUGAUGCCCCAUUAGCCGAUUUUUUAGAAAAUGGCAGAUUUACGAGAACUUUUCAAAAUAUAUCAUUAAUAGGACAAGGGGGAUUUGGAUCAGUGUAUAAAGUAUCACAUAGACUUGAACCAGGAUCGCCAACAUAUGCUGUUAAAUUUAUAUAUUUAAAAGUAAGUUCAUUGGAUAAUGUUAACUCAAGAAGAUAUUUUCGUGAAAUCGCUGCAAAUAGAGAUAUAUACAGUAAACAUGUUGUUAGAUAUUACACAUGGUGGUGUGAAGAACCUCAAUUUUUACCAAUGGAUAUAAUUCCAAAAGAGAUUCAAAAUACGCUUAAAAAAAAUAAAGAUCCUUUUAAAAAAGUUUGUAAUAAAAAUAAAAAAGAUAAUGAUUAUUCUAGUGAUUGCACAGUAUCUUCAGGUGAAAAUAAUAAAUUUGAUUUAAAAAAUUAUAAAAAAGUAAUAACAAAAAAAAAUUCUCCAAAAUUAAAAUUUUAUAGUGAUAAUGAUACACCAUACAAUAAAAGAAAAAAUAUUAAUCAGAAAAAUUCGUUUUUAAAUGAUAAAAAUUUAUCAGAUAAUAUAUAUAUAAUCGAAAAUAAUAAAAAGAAGAAAAAAAAAAAAAAAAAAAAAAAAAAAAUUAUAUAUAAAGAAAAAAAAAAAGGAAAUAUCGGCAUAAAUGAAGAUAAUAAAUAUAGUACAUUUUAUGAACAAAAUAAUCCAAAUAAUUUCAGUUCUACUCUUCAAGAAUAUGAUCCUUUUGGUUAUGGGUAUUUAAGUGAAAACGAAAGAGAUUUAAUUGUUUUUGCGGAUAAUGAUGAAUCAAAUGGAUCUGGUCAUUCUAAAAAAAAUGAUAAUGAUGAGCGAAAAUCUUUGAAUAACCAAAAUGGAAUUUAUAAUACAGGGGGCGAUAUCAGCAAAAAUGGCAAUGUCAUACAUGACGAUAGUAAUAUGUUGGCUUGUCAACAAUCGGAUAAAAAUUCAAUGACUAUAAAAAAUACACAGGGUACCAGUAUUAAUGGUACAAUAAAUAGAAAUACUAUAAGUGACGAAACCGGAACGCAGGGUACCAAUAACAAUCCGAAGUAUUCUAUUGAUUAUCAUAUUGAUGCAAUUGUUAAACCAAAAGGUGAAUCAUUUACUUGGGUGGAAAAAUCUCCUAGUAAUAAAUAUAAAAAGGAUAGUCUGGAUAUUAUUAAUAGAAAUAGAAAAUUAAUAGAAGAAAAAAAUAAGAAAGAAAAAGGUCAGGAGAAGGAAAAAUACAAAUUAAAGAUGAAUGGUGAAUUAGAGAAAAAGGAAAAUGCUAAUAAAAUAAAAUAUUAUAAGAAAAAAAAUGUGGGUCCAGAAUUUUCAAUUGUUUUAUUAUUACAAAUGGAAUUUUGUAAAGGCUUUACAUUACGUAGAUGGCUAGAUAGAUCAUCAAGAAGUGACAAACCUUUAUAUUUUACAUAUGGAGAUAAAAAUACAAACCAUCCUUUGGAAUUUGAUUUAUUUAAACAGCUUAUUAAAGGAUUAAAAGAUAUCCAUUCAACUUGCUUUAUUCAUAGAGAUCUAAAACCAGAAAAUAUAUUUGUAGAUUUAGAUACUUAUAUAUUAAAAAUAGGAGAUCUAGGAUUAGUACGAUUUAUAGAAGAAAAAAAAAGAGAAAAUGAUUUAAAUAAUAUAGAUAACUUUAAAGAUAAUAUAUAUACAGAAAUAAACCACAACACUAUAACUAGUCAAAUUUCAUUGAAAGGGCAAAUGAUUGGAACCCCUGGAUAUACAGCACCUGAAGGGGGAGCUUUAUGCGACGAAAAAGCAGACAUUUAUAGUGCAGCUUUAAUAUUACUAGAAUUGUUAUGCCCACGUUUUAAUACAAUAAUGGAAAGAUAUAAAACAUUAAAUGAUUUUCGAAAUUAUUAUACUGUGCCUGAUUAUGUUAAGAUUCAUUUAAAUCCUUGGUAUAUCUUGAUGUUACAAAUGUCUAAACCUAAUCCCGCUGAUAGACCAUCAGCAGCAGAUCUAUAUAAUAAAAUAAAGGUGCUUCUAGAUCCGCACUUGACAGAUUUUACCUUUAGCUUUAAUGAUAUAAACAAUGAUGAUCUCGAAUAUACAGGAAACCGCAAUGUAAUAAAUUCUACCAACCCCAAUGGUGAUAUUAAGGAAAAUGUUAAUCAAAACAAUUUAGUAGAUGAUAAAGGCAAUAACAAUAUUAUUAAUGGAAAUGAAGUUGAUCAUUAG